AUGACCUCCUCCUCACCACCACCAACAGGCCGACUCCUAGUCCGCAAACUAGCAAACGCGACUAAAUCAUGUGCUCAACCCGUGCGUCUCUCCUGUGUGCAUACUGCGAAAGUACCUAAUAACAGCUUCCAGGCAAGAGCAUAUGGAGCUUGUAUACUGUUGACGUACAAAGACGUUGCUAGGGAUGGGUGCAAGGCCGAGUUUGAACUGUUCAAGGAAUGUGUGCAAGGAGCGGUCCGUCCUUACCUUCCUGGCGUUAUUCUUGACCUGAGACUUGAUAGAUGA